UUGCCAGAUGCCGUAGUAACAGGGCGGGGCAGGCCUCCAGGAGGGCGGGGCCCUAACGAGAACACGACUCGCCUUGUUGUGUGUAUUCCCGUGCUCGCAUCGCCAUCUUGUUGCAAUCCUAUUUUUUACGUAUGCGAGGAUUUACUUUCCGUUCGGCCGGAUUAAAAAUCGACCGUCUGGUUUCGGGAGAAACCCCGGGGACAAGGAGCUCGGGCCUGAGGGUGUGUGAACCGUGCACACGGCGCUUCCUACCGGGACACCACCUACCUUCCUACCCCCUCGGUCUUUUUUCCUCCUUCCGUCCCGCAGCCACCGGGUCGCCUGUCGCGAGGGUUUUCUACGCGCAAUGAGCAUCGAUACACUUCUGGAGGCGGCCAGAUAUCUGGAAUGGCAAGCCCAGCAACAACAGAUGACACGUGAAGAGGAGCAGCGCAAAGAGAAGGAGCUCAUCAACAGGGAAGCAGAGUCGCGGCGCGUGGAACUCGUGACCGCGUUGUCCCAGCCAAUCAGAGCCAACCACGUCGCUUGGGGAGAUGACUCUCACCGCCAACAGCAGCAUCAGCCUCCUCCUCCUCCUCCUCCCCCUCCCCCCUCUCUCCCACCUCUCCAAGUCCCCAUCGCCGUCAUCCCAAUGGUCCCGGUUGUCAAAGCCACGCCCUCUGUCCCGCCCCUUCCACUUACAACGCAGAUUGCUGUGGCGGCGACGUCGCUCAACGGCUCACCGCCAGCCAAGAACACUUCCUCCCCUCCACAGCAUCAUCAGCAGCAGCAUCAUCAUCAGCAUCAUCAGCAGCAGCAGCAGCAGCAGCAGCCGCCCCCCUCUCCUCACCUGUUGUGCACUCACCAGAUUAAGGUGGAGACUAGUCCGCAGCUGAUUGGUGCAAAGCCCAGCCAAUCACAGCCCGAGAUUCAGAUCCAGUACUCGACCUCCAUCAGCACUAAUGGAUCUGGCUCUCUACAUGCACUGGUCCCCCAUCAACUUCCACCGUCAACUCAGCAGCGGCCUAACGGAGUGACGAUGGAGGACCUGAGGGCGAUGGAGGGGAAGAGGAGACCAGGAGGAGCCGGGACCAGAGAGGUGCAUAACAAACUGGAGAAAAACAGGCGAGCGCACCUCAAAGAGUGUUUUGAGACGCUGAAGAAGAACGUUCCAAAUGUUGAUGAGAAGAAAACCUCCAACCUCAGCGUUCUCCGCAGCGCUUUGCGUUACAUACAGACUUUGAAGCGUAAGGAGAAGGAGUAUGAGCACGAGAUGGAGCGUUUGGCCAGAGAGAAGAUCGCUACGCAGCAGCGGCUGGCCGAGUUGAAGAACGAGCUCAGCCAAUGCAUGGACGUCAUCGAGAUCGACCGAGUCCUCCGUCAGACCAUCCAGCCCGAGGACGACCAGGCCUCCACGUCCACCGCCUCAGAAGGAGAAGACAACUUUGAGCAGGACAUCGACGAGGACGUCCUCGCUCCUCCUGCUUUCGCCUCCCUCCCCAAACCAACGCCUCCCAUCUUACAAGCCCAGCCGCUCCUCAACCAUCACCUGUCGAUCCAGCACGCCACCCUGCCUCUCUCUGGAAUCCUGACCACGCCCUCCCCCUCUGCUCCCCCUCACGCCAUUGCACCUGCUCCGGCCCCAGGUCCGCCCCCGCCGCAGCAACCCGCCCAUCUCAUUCAGUCCCCGGCAAUGCAGGUCCAGCCCACCGUGAUCGCUCAUGCCGCCGUCUCCCACCCUUCAGUCAUCCAGGCUGUCAGUCACAGCCUGCCGGCAAAUCACAAGCAUCUAACGCACAUCGCCCCGUCGCCCGGCCCCAUCUCCGCCAUGCCUCAGCCGAUCGCGGCGGCACCGGCUGCCGCUACUCACCAGUCGAUCGCCGCCCAGCCCAUCGGACACAUCACCGUCCACCCGGUGGCCCACCUGGGAGGUCCCCUGCAAUCCCACAUCCAGACUCUGUACCCCCAGGGCGUGUCUGUCUCCCAGCCCACCAUGGUGGGCCACAUCACUCACACCUUCACCCAUCACACGCUGCCGCACAUGCAGGCUAAUCCACAAGCUAACACUAACGGAGCCCAGAUGAACAGUGCAGCCGUGAUCAGCCAGGGGAGCCCGUCGCUAGGGAAACCCACAGCCGUGCUGGCCCCCCACCCUCAGAUGGUCGGACAGGCUGCCGUCCUCAACCCCGUCACCAUGGUUACAGUCCCAACCUUCCCUGUCGGCACACUCAAACUGUCCUGAAGGUAAAAAAAAAUGUAUAAAGGUAGUGACUGGUGGAAGUCAGUUGAAGGGGAGAAAGAUUCAGAACUUCUGGAUGUGUUUUCACACUCCUAUCAAUAAUCAAUUGCAGAAAAUCUCUGGCACACAAAAUUGACAAAGAAAAACAUUCAUUAUUUUUUGGGACAAAUUGUGAUGAAUAUCUCCAGAGAUAUUUUGGUCACAGCUUUGUUAGAUUGUGAACAAUAACAUUAAAGCAGUCAGUGGGUCAGGCCAUUGUUUGUGAAAGUAAGACAUUUGUCUGCGCUGCAAAGACAGGAACUCUGUUUUACCUUCCUUCAUACUUCUCUCCUUCCUUUCCUUCCUUCCUCCUCUCCUUCCUUUACGACCAGAAGCACUAACAUAAUAAGCUCAGUUCACACUCAGGCAUCAAGGAUUUACCUUAACUAUUCAUCCACUCAUCGAGGGAAAACAAGGGAGCGAGAGAGAGUUGUUUGUUGUUAGGCUGUUACCGUGGUGAUUCAAUAUGUGCCCGUUUUUAUACUUGUAAUCACGAUGUCUCGUGGGACAAUUCUGGUGGAAUAUUGUCACUGAUGUGUUUGAGAGCAGGAGGGGGAGCUCAGUGGUCUCACUAAUCCAAAUGAGUUACAGAAAGGUAUAAACUAGAUCACAUUACAUAGUUUCUGAAACGUUGCCAGUUUCCGAUGCAGUAAUUCACUGUUUACUCAUUUAUAUUGCAUUAAGUUCUUUCCUCGUCUUUUGUUUCCGAUCUUACUCUAGGAAGUGACUGUUAAGCCGUCUCCAAAUGAAGGCUCCCUGCCGCUCCACUUGGCACCAAACACUUUGCAAAUAGUUUAAGAAAAGGAAUGAACAUUAUGAGCAAUAAUCAAACUAGAUCUACUGUUUUAAAAAAACACACAAAUGGAUGGAAAAAGAAACCAACUCAUUGUCUCCGUUAUUAAAUACGGAGCACUCCAGAGAUGAGGGGCGGGGUUAAAGGGGAAGAAUUUGGGGAAUGAUUGCUUAACAUACAGAAGCCUCCCUUCUAACUGGCCUUGUGAAGAUAUCUGGAGACAACAUGACUUUUGCCUGUUGGUUAUUGGAGAUUCAGAGUUAAAUUAAAAGUUAUAAUGAAAAAGGAAUGCAUGCAGUCAGUUGAAAUAGAAGUUGUUAUAGACUGUUUUGACUUGAUGCUGAACAAGAAUCUACUUUAUCACAAAUGCCUAAAAUUGUUGUGGUGAAUCGAAUGUCAAAGACUGUACAACUGCUCUCACAUCAUUCAGUGUCAGGUGUUCCUGUCGGGCUACGCAGGGUUUCACCCUCUUCACUCUAAUGCAACAGCUCCCUCUGCUGGCUCAUCCCAGACCUCAUACUGAUGUUACUCCAACACACAACACCUGUGGCACAACAUACACUUCCUGCACAGACUAUUUUAUAACUCAAGAAGUUUUGUUCGGCAUUUUAUUACAUAAAGUAUGGGACUCUGGUCAUGUGAGAAAAUCAAACUGCUGAGCAGAUGGUAAGAUUGUGAGAUGUGGAUGAAACUCCAGAAAGGGUAGUAAAUGGAUCUUGAGUUAAGAAUUUUAUUUGUCUCAUUAGAAAUAAAGAAAAAACUUUAAAAAGUCAGUUUACAUAUUGCAGUUUCGUAAAGAAUAAUUUGGCAGCGACAUGACUUUUUUUUUUUUUGACAACAAACGCCAAAUCCUGACACUUUUCUUUGUGUGUCUUCUGAGUGUGUAUGUUUGUGUGUUCAUGUGCACACACUCAAAACGUUCAUGGCCUCACCGCCUUCUUGCCAGCCUAUACGUGUUACACCAUGAAAUCUCCCAUCAUCGUAUGUGUAUGUAGUCAAUGUCGCUCUUCUGCUGUUUCUGUAUGUUCUGUCUGUAUACGUGACUGUAUUCAAUACGUUUUAUAUUCUGUACUAUAGUUAAUCCUACUGUACCUGUAGCAUGGCUCUGUUUGUUGGUUCUGCAGUUUGCCGUGUGUGUGUGUGUGUGUGUGUGUGUGUGUGUGUGUGUGUGUGUGUGUGUGUGUGUGUGUGUGUGUGUGUGUGUGUGUGUGUGUGUGUGUGUGUGUGUGUGUGUGUGUGUGUGUGUGUGUGUG